GUCCGCCUUAUGCCCAACCUCGAGGACAUCGAGCGCAAGUAGAGACGAGUGUAUCAUAUGCAUGCGUAGCGAUAGAGGGGCGGCGCGGCGGCCCGGAGCGCUCCGGCGCGGAUUACAGUUGGGCGCAGUCGCAUUUGGCGAGGCAUUAGCAAUUUCCACGUGGCCUCCACCCGAGUUUUCGAUUGAUAAGAGUGUUUCUCCGGCGACUCUUGUUCGCUCCCACUACUCAUCCCCGACCAUCAACCAUGAACUCCCGCCUCCUCACUCGCGUCGCCACGCCUGCGCGCGCGCUCCGCGCCGUCGGCGCACCAUCCUCGUUCCGCGUAGUCGCGGUGCCGGUGCCGCACGCCGGUCCCUCACAUUCUGCGCAGAGCUCGCUGGCCGCAUCUUCGUCGCGGGCAUUUACCACCUCGGCGCCCGCAUUGAAGAAGGGCGGCAAGGCGGCGAAGAAGGGCAAGAAGUCCGAAGAGGUCGAGGAGGACGACGAGCCGCCAGCGAAGGGCAAGGGAAAGGCGGGGAAGAAGGGCAAGAAAGGGAAGGAGGACGUCGAGGAGGACAAGGGGUUGACACCCGAUGAGAUUGACGCGGUGGCCGAGAAGACCAAGGCUAAGAUGGACAAGUCGGUCGACUGGGCGCGCGGCGUCGUCUACGAGGGCGUGCAGCGCGGGCGCGGGCAUGUUUCACCAGCUAUCCUUGACAACAUCAAGGUGACGACGGACACCGGCUCCGUGCCACUCAAAUCCGUGGCCUCCAUCACAGCCAAGCAGAACACACUCAUCGUGGACGUGUGGGAUGCCGACGCCGCCAAGGCUGUCUCCUCGGCCAUCCACAGCGCCAACCUCCCCGGCAUGAGCCCGCAGCAGGACGGGACGAGCAUCCGCAUCCCCGUGUCCCGGCCUACAAGUGAGGUGCGCCAGUCGAUUCUCAAGAAUCUGCAUGAGACCAUCGAGGCGGCCAAGAACCAGGUGCGCGUGGCACGCACAGAAGGCCUCAAGGCGCUCGGCGGGCGAGGCGAGGACGGCACGGACGACGUGCAGAAGCUCGCGGACGCGGCGACGGCCGAGCUCGAGAAGAGCAUGGCGACAGCCAAGAAGGAGCUGGAGAAGUAGACGUAUAGAUGCAGCAUUCACACUC